UCGUACUUGUACAUUGUGGCCUCGGUUUUCCGUGUAUCAGACGUGUCGAAAACAAAUUAUAUAAUGUUGAAGAAUCCACUUUAUGUGUACGGACCGGAGGACAGAUAUGUGCCUGCAAAAUUAAACGCCGGUGACUUUUUAUUACAAAAAAUAUGGGAACACAAAGAAAAAGUUUCUAUGAUAAAUGGAGCGACUGAUGAAAAAUUAACUUAUGGAGAAAUCGCCCAAGAGGCUAUGAACCUUGCAGUAUCUUUGGUGAAACUCGGCGUACGCAAGGGAGAUGUCAUAGCAAUAUGUUCAGAGAAUCGUCGCGAGUUUUGGAGCACUGUUAUUGGAGCGAUAUGUGCUGGCGGUGUUGUUACUACUAUAAAUACAAGUUAUACCAAAGACGAACUGAAACAUGUAACGGGAAUAUCUAAGCCAAAAUAUGUAUUCUGCUCACCAUUUUCUUAUAAGGCGCAAGCGAAAAACUUACGUACUAUAGAAUAUGUUAAAAAGAUCAUAGUCUUCGGUGAGGAAAAACAAAAGAACACAUUGUCUUAUAACGACUUGGCUAUUAUUGGACGAGGAUCUAACUCAAUGGUAAAAGAAAAUGUCAAUAUACAUGAUUUUGAUGCCAUAGAAGUUAUGGGUCAAGACGAUGUCGCUAUGAUAUUGUAUUCAUCGGGCACGACAGGUCUACCAAAAGGUGUCAUGGUAACACAUUUGAAUGUUUUGACUGCUUGUUCACCGACAACGGAAAUGCCAGAUAUUUUGUCACUCACGAUAACACCGUGGUACCACACCAUGGGUCUGAUGACUCACCUCGUAGGCUUCGUCAAAGGCAAGACAACAAUAUAUCUACCAAAGUUUGAAGUUCAACAAUAUCUACAGACUGUGGAGAAAUAUCGGGUAUCUCAACUAACGCUGGUGCCUCCGGUGCUGAUAGCGCUUUGCAAGACACCGUCGAAACAUGACGUUAGCUCUGUUAUGAUGGUGGCUUCGGGCGCAGCGCCUUUACACAAAGAAACCAUCGAUGGAGUGUUCAAAAGAUUCCCAAACGCGCAGGCAGUGAUACAAGGAUAUGGGAUGACUGAAUGCACUCUGGCGGUUACUAUAAAUGUCAAUCCGGAUAAAAGUGCAAGCGUGGGACAAGUUAACUCAAACACUAUUAUUAAGAUUGUACACCCAGAAACAGGUAAAGUUUUAGGACCAAAUCAAGAAGGAGAAAUAUGUGUGAAGGGUGCAAUGAUAAUGAAAGGUUACAUUGGAAAGAAAAAGCAAGAUGACUUUGACGAGGAAGGAUUCUUUAAAACCGGUGAUAUUGGAUACUUUGACGAUGAUAAAUACUUGUACAUCGUUGAUAGACUAAAGGAACUCAUCAAAUGGAAAGCAUAUCAAGUCGCUCCAGCAGAAUUAGAAGCAGUGCUGCUAAAGCACGAAAGUGUACGUGACGCUGGAGUGGUGGGCAUGCCGCAUCCCUCAGCUGGCGAAGUGCCACUCGCUUUUGUUGUCGCUCAACCUGAUUCCAAAGUCACUGAAGCGGAAUUGCAGAAGUUUGUUGCUGAACGGUUAUCGAAUCCGAAACAUUUAAGAGGAGGAGUGAGAUUCGUCGAAGCUAUACCAAAAUCACUUACUGGAAAAAUUCUAAGGAAAGAUCUAAGGAAAAUGUUGAAAUCUACAAAGAGUAAACUGUAAAACGGCUUAAUUAAGCCUGUUCUGAACUGUGUCUGCCUUCAUUAUUUCAUGUUCAGAGAAAUUUAACACUGUUGAUAAUUAGAAUUAAUGCACAUAAAGAUAUUUUUUAAUCGGCAUAAGCUUCUUUACUAGUGCCAUUUGUUAUAGACUAUAGUAGGACAAGUGGACCUCGUAGUCAUACAAGUUGUUAGCUUCUUACUUUUCUAAGAAUAACGGUGCAGGUUAUUUAGAACGAUUGAUCCAACCAGUUAGGAAUCCUUCCAUUAGAUAUAAGAUCUCAUUUCAUGGUGA